AUGGCUAAAUUACAAGUCCUCACUAGAACGUAUUUAGUUAUAUUUAAUUUGGACAGAGGAUUUUCGAAAGUAAACAACAGACAGAAGAGAUAUUUGCUGUUUACCUCGUCGACACAAUAUGGAGUAUUUGCAACGGUAUCCGUCCCGCUGCACCCAGAAACGACGACGAGCGUGGCGUGGUUCUUCGAAGCGAAUUAUAAUGACGUUGCCAAUGCCACAUACUUUGAACCAUUGCUUGGUGAUGUUGCGUGGGGCAGAAGUGAAGAUAAACGCAGUGCUGAUGGCACGAGUGAGCUGUUCACUAGAAAAUUACUGUACACUUCCAUCGAAGCCAUGUUGGAAAAGAACAGGUUGCCAGGCCGAGUAUGCCUGUUAAGGACUAUCUGCGAGGCGGCCACUUCCCAGCUGACCCAUAAUGGCGUUUUAGGAGACCUACUGCAUCUUGCACUCACGCCUUCAACGUCCAUGGAAGAGACAGAUGUAGAGGACUGUUUUUACGAGGCGGAGUACCGCGGGAUCUUGCACGACUGCACCAAGUAUCUUCGUCACUGCCCAAUCAGCCCAUUCGACCUCAUAUCUAUCCAAACAGAACAACUCUUAAAUUAA